UACUUGAUAACUUAUUAAUCAAAACUUUUCAAGAAGGAAGCUUUGAAAUAACUUGAACAUUGUUUUGCUUGUUUUUAUAAAAUAAUUGUAACUGAGAGAUUCAAUUCCAAGCGGAAUGUCUAUAUUACAAGUCACAAAAAUUAGUUGCCUUUUACUGAUUGGAAUCCUUCCAUAUACAUAUGGUUCCUGGGAAUGUAGUUUCCAACACGGAAAGUGUAGUUGGUCUACUGGAUAUGAACAAUGCUCCUGGAAAUGGACAAGCAAGCAACUUGAUGGAGCUAAAGGUUACAUGGUUUCCACUGGACAAAACAGAUGUACAUCAGAAAUGACAUGGCAAGCGGCUAUGUUCGGAGAAGAUGGGAAGCCUUUUUCCUUCUUAUAUCGAAUAAAUGGAAAUGGUAAAGUUAAGUUAACAGUAAUUUGUGCUGAAUAUGGUGUGCUUAGUGAUACUUAUCAUACAAGAUGGACUUGUAAUGCAUCUCCAGCACAUGGCUGGACAAAGGCUCACAUAAAUUGCAAUUAUAGAUUGGAUAAAAUCAUUAUUAAUGCUGAGUUUCUUGGUAAAGCAAAUGUCAUGAUUGGAAAAAUAUGGAAUGAAAAUGGGCGCCAAACAGAAACUUCUUGUCCACCAGUUCCACACACAACCACACAAGCACCAACUACCACCACUCUACCAAUAACUACAACCACACCACCAACCACAACCACACAAGCACCAACUACCACCACUCUACCAAUAACUACAACCCCACCACCAACUACAACCACACUAACUACAACCACACCACCAACCACAACCACACAAGCACCAACUACCACCACUCUACCAAUAACUACAACCCCACCACCAACUACAACCACACCACCAACCACAACCACACAAGCACCAACUACCACCACUCUACCAAUAACUACAACCCCACCACCAACUACAACCACACAAUCAACAGCUACAACUGCAGCAUUACCAACCACUACUGAAUCAGAACUAACAACAACAACCAUCAAAACAACCCUUUCACCAAGGACAUCAACGAACGGUACAAAUCUCCCAAGCUCAAUAAUGAGUACAACAAUGGAAAAUCAUUCAAACAAAAGCAUUUCAAAAUUAUUUACAACUUUGUAUCCUGGUAAAGAUAUUUCAACAGUUUCCAUAUUGGACAUUAUAAAGAACAGUACAAAGAUGUUUAAUACCAAUACUCCUACACACAAAACAUCUAUAGCAUCUACAACUAACAAUAUACUACCAACAACUUUACUUCAUCAUAACACAAAUGGACACAAAAAAACUGAGACAACACCUGUAGGAAAUAAAGUUACCAAACCAAGCAAAGGUUUUACCGUUUACACCUCAGGAAGGGAUAAUAUCAUAUCUUAUUCUACCACUGAGAGUAGCAGUAACAAAUUUGAAAAACUGAAAAGCAAUCUUCACAAGAAAAGAACACUUAUCCUUGCAUCCAUUUUUGGUACUGCAAGUAUUUUAACAAUUGCAUUCGUGAUUGUAUGGAGCAUACGAAGAUCAAAGAAACUUUCAAAGUUGUUAGAUGAUAAAACCCCUGUAUUAUCUUUUGAUUCCAUGAACUGAAUUGUUAAUUAAGUAAAACCUGGGACUAUUUCUCAUAAAUUGAAGUAGUUGUAAUGCUAAUAUAAUACUGACCUACUGUUGUACUCUGCUAUGCAGACUAUAUCUAAAAUUUCACAUAAUCUCCAUUUAUGUAACACAUGCACACUCACACAUAUGUGCACAUCCACACACACAUAUGGCACAUCCACACACACACACAACACAUACACAUAUAGUAGGUACUCCCUGACAUGACUGAGUUUUAUUCUGAUUAACCAGUUGUAAGUUUAUAUGGACAUAUUUGACCUAUAUAUAUUUGACCCUCUUACUGGUUAUUUUGUAUGCAUUACCAAUAGAUACUGUAACAGAUUUUAUCUUUUUAUUGAAUUUUUGCAUUUUAUUUCGUUAAUAUAUAUGGCUAACCACAUGGCCACAAAAACUUUUACUGCUUUCAUGAUAUUUUUCUUUGCCAUUAAGAAUAAGAAAGAUUGAGUGGGAAAACUGCAGACUAUACAUGACUGCAUUUACUCCAUCUCAACCAGCUUCUAUGUUAGCUAAUUAUUUCUUUUCAGCUUCCAAGUCAAGAGACUUUCUCAGUUUCUUGCUUGAUGCGUUUGUAAAUGAAAAGUCUUCAUUUUUGCACAUUUUGUGGGAUGAUAAAUCUGUAGAGAUAUGUAUGAUUUGAUUAUUGAAUUAAACUGGUAAUAUGAGGAUCUUGAGAAGACUUGUCC